UUGACAGCGCUCUAGCCGAAUGAUGGAGAAGGAGCUGUGUUAGUAGGCGUGGCUUUAUUAUUUGCUUGGCGGAGGAAUGUAGUCUGACAGGCUUCCUCGGACAGGAAGUGCUGCUGUAUAGUGAAAGAGCAUUGAUGCAGCGAGUAACGGGUAACUUUGGAACAUUAUCAUGUCUCAGAAUACCGACGGUGACACCCACAUGUUCCAAGCUCUACGGGCGCUGUCUGGAGUCGUCGCUCAUCUCACCGCUCUGUCGCUAACUGUGUUUGUGACGUACAUAUCACAGCCCGGAGCAACUCUGUUCUCAUGGCAUCCAUUCCUCAUGACGCUUGCAUUCUCUUUCUUGAUGACAGAGGCAAUUUUGGUGUUCUCUCCAGACUCCUCCUUAUUCCGCUCCUUUUCUCGGAGAGCACGGGUACAAGUACACUGGGUCCUGCAGUCGUUGUGUGUGGUCUGCUCAUUGUUGGGUCUCGGAAUAAUCUACUCCAACAAGGUUCUACUGGGGAAACCACACUUUGCCACAUGGCAUGGACUUCUUGGGGUUCUGACUGUGCUGUGGGCUCUGCUGCAGAGCAUUGGAGGGGUCUCUUUAAUUUAUCCCAAACUGGUACAGCGUUGGAAUCUGGCCACUCGCAAGCUUUAUCAUGCAACAGCCGGGCUAAUCGGCUACUUGUUGGGUUGUGGUAGCCUUCUGCUGGGAAUGUGUUCCCUUUGGUUUGGUGCUUCAGUCACAGGUGUGUCCUGGUAUGUUUGUGUUCUGUGUCCAGUCCUUACAGGCCUUGUCAUCAUGAACCAAGUGAGCAAUGCAUAUCUGUAUCGCAAGAGGAGCCAGUCCUGAGCCACUCAAAGAUACUCAGGAGAGAUUUUUAGGAGAAGAAGGUGGAACUUCAGCUUUAAUGGAGAAGAUAUAAAAGACUGUUACUGAUUGAACCGUACGUGUGAAUGGCCAGCAUCAGUUUGGCGGCACACAGGUGCUUCGCAGGACAUUCAGGAACUGCUUGGCUGCACAAAAUGCUUAAUUUUAAUUAUAAAAAAUACAGCUAUAGAAUUCUGGGUUACAGUUAAAGGACAUGAAAAGCUUCAGUCACUGUUUCUUAGGCACCUCCUCCAGUGACUCAAAUCACUCACCCUGUGUCUGCGCUUCUCUUCGUUAAUAAAGCGACUAUACGGGUUUGUAUACUAACAUCGUGCACCAGUUGAGAUGCUGGUUAUGGGAUACAUUUUGUGCACCAUGGUAUAUGAAUGCUUUUUAUGAAAAUAAUGCAACUAAAAAUACAAGAUGGAAUGCAAGAUUAUCCCAGUUCAGGAAAACGUUACUAAAGAAUCUGACCACCAGCUGUUAUUCCAUUGUGGAAUAUGUACCAUGACAACACAAUCAUGUAUUUCUACCAAAACUCUCUUUCUUAUUCUACCAAAACUCUUUUUCUUAUUCAAUAUAAAAAUAAAUAUAUUUUUUAGAUGUU